AUGGCACACGUGAACGAAUAUUACAAACAUUUAAAGGGAGAUGUCGGGGCCUUAUGCCUUGUCUGCAACGUCGCCUGCCAACACUGGAACACCCUCCAGCGCCACCUGCAGACCCACAUCAACUUCCGGCCGUUCACUUGCGAUUUUUGUGGCCGGACAUUUUUCAGCCAGAGUAAGCUAAAAAGACAUCAGGUGAUCCAUAACGACGUCAAACCUUACAAAUGUCCGGUUUGCGAUCGUCGAUUGGGCAGAACUGAGCACCUAAAACGACAUUUACUCGUUCAUACGGACAGCAAACCGUUCGGCUGUUCCGGCUGCUCCCACACCACCAAACGACUCGACGGAAUUAGGCGACAUAUAAAGAGAAAACACGGUGUA